AUGACUUCCACUGGAAUGAACAUGAUGAGCAAAAUCACCUUCUACGAGGAGAGGAACUUCCAGGGCCGCUCCUAUGAGUGCAUGAGCGACUGCCCAGACAUGUCCUCCUACAUGAGCAGGUGCCACUCCUGCAGAGUGGAGAGAGGUUGCUUCAUGGUGUACGACCGCACCAACUACAUGGGCAACCAGUACUUCAUGAGGAGGGGCGAGUACGCCGACUACAUGAGCAUGAUGGGCAUGAGCGAUUGCAUCAGGUCCUGUCGCAUGAUCCCCAUGUACAGGGGAUCCUACAGGAUGAGGAUCUACGAGAGGGAGAACUACGGAGGUCAGAUGUAUGAGCUGAUGGACGACUGCGACAGCAUCAUGGACCGUUACCGCAUGUCCAACUGCAUGUCCUGCAACGUCAUGGACGGCCACUGGCUGAUGUACGAACAGCCCCAUUACAGAGGCAGGAUGAUGUACAUGAGGCCCGGCGAGUACAGAAACUUCAUGCACAUGGGCGGAAGCGGCAUGAGGUUCAUGAGCAUGAGGCGCAUCACCGAUUCCUGGUACUAG